AUGGCCAUCCGACAUAUUUCAGCGCUUCCUUUCCUGUCGCCACUCACAUCCCCCGUUCUGCGACAAUCACAACGAUGGAGCACCAUCUACCAGCGAGCGGUCUUACUCCAGGGCUUACCUGUUCUGAGCGGAUACAUCGCCAAUGAGAUACCUUCAUUCUUAGCUGGUCUCUGGGAAUCAGUUCUCCGCGCCGUCCCCAAAAAGAAGACCUCGCAUAUGAAGAAACGUCACAGACAGAUGGCUGGCAAGGCAUUGAAGGAUGUAAAGAGUUUGAGUAAAUGCCCUGGCUGUGGAGAAACGAAAAGAUCGCAUGUUCUAUGCCCUACGUGUGUCAAAGCCCACCCGAUUGACAUUUUCUCUCUGGCUGUGACUUAUAAUCAAAUUAUAUCAGCUUCAGGAGCAUCUGCCCUCAAAGUACAUUCUACUGCAGAUCCAGAUUUCCCACUUGUCCAAACUAUCGAAGCUGCUCAUAAGAUUGGUUGCCAUCAUGUCGUCACAUCAAGAAACGGCCUCAAAGCUGCCAGCAUUGGCUUUGCGGGUGAAAUCAAGAUCUGGAUCAACAAUAAUGGAGAAUGGUCUGAGGAGACAGCUUUAUCGAACUCAAUAAAAGACCCCGAGGCUUGGGCAAUUUGCCUGUCAGAAGAUGGUAGAUACCUUGCAGGGACGACACAUGAUGGCCAUAUUAAGGUCUGGGAUUUGAACAACAAGGGGGAACAGUUCAGAGAUUACGAAACGAAAGGAGCCUUUGGCGCUUGUCUUGACAUGUCGAUCGAUGGCAAGUACAUAGCAAGCGGCCAUCAAAAUGGGAGCAUCUACAUGUUUAAUAAUGAGACCGGUCGCAUGCCAUUCUCGUUAUCUGGACUUGUCAAACCUGUUCGUACAGUUGCGUUCUCGCCAGGUGGAAAGCUACUUGCAGCAGCCGGAGAUGCCAAAGUCAUUGUCCUUUAUGACACUGAGUCGGGCGAACAAGUGACACAACUUACUGGACACUCAGCAUGGAUUCUGUCAUUAGACUGGAGUCAUACAGGGGAGUACUUGUUAAGCGGAUCCUUCGAUGGCAAGAUAAAAGUAUGGUCUAUCGAACGCCGAGCCUGUGUCGCGACUCAUUCAGAGAAUGAGAAGGCCGUUUGGAGUGUGAAGUGGUUACCCAAAAUAGGCAGAACGGAAGGAUUUGCGACUGCCGGUGCUUCUCGCAGUAUAUCAUUCUACAGAGAAGCCACAGGUGGUUAGGCCAGAGACAGUGACUCUAACUGGCGGGGAGAACUCGAAUUUAUGCAUGAAACGUAUGAUAUUAACAUAAUGAGCGGUGGGGUUCUGUCUUUGCGACCUGAUCUCAAUAUUUUAUUGAGACAAUAUCCAGAGAAAUUCAAACAGAUCAAUGUUGACAAUGAAUACUUAUACCUAGUAAGAGAGCCGUCACUUCAUAGACUCGACAAAUAGCCGACGCAUCCUCUUCAAAAGAGCGCCGAAAUCUCGAUCUUCAUUGACAAUUUCCAAUUCGCGUUCAAUUGCUUCCCUGUCCAACUUGGGCUUGGUAUGAUAUAUUUCGUAAUCCCUGGAAGCAGUACCUAACUCAAACCACGCCUCUUUCUCCCAAUCCUUC